UAUGCUGAGUAAUAAUUACCCAUCACCACUUACCGAAUUUUACUUUGCUCAAUUUUUGUUUGCUCAUACAUUGAGUACUAUUUGACCACCGCCCCUUACCCAAUUUAUUUUGCCCAUAUUUGUGUUUGCUCAUAUGCUGAGUAAUAAUUACCCAUCACCACUUACCCAAUUUCACUUUGCGCCUUUUUUUGUUUGCUUAUAUAGGGUAGUAAUUGACCACCGCCUUUUACCAAAUAUAUUUAGCUCAAUUUUCUUUAGCUCACAAUAUGCUGUGUAAAUAUUGCUAUGAAAAAUUGAAAUUAUCUCUCCUGUAAUUGUAACCAUUUACUUCUAGACUAUUUUAAAAUUAUAAUAACAGAGUGUUGAAGCGACGAUGAAUUUGUGCGAGUUUGAUGCUGAAAGAGUCCAAGAUUUAUCUUUUGUGAAAACUGAGCCAUCUUAACCAUGUAGGCCUAUAGAGUUACAUAAUCUACGUAAGUAAUGAUCAUGGAACGUACACGCUAUCAUCGUCAAUUACGCGCAUGCGUAAAUGGCAGUGGAAACCUUCGAUGGGGACUAGACUUACGUUUAACCAGACUUGGGUAAAGUUUGCCUGGUAUUGGUCUUGGGGUAGCGCGCACAUGGCCUGGUCGCUCGCGAUCAGCAUGCCAUGCGCAGUACUAUUUCUAUUUACUCGGUAUAGCCGGCGCGGCCGUCCCGGCCCGGGAGCUCGAGCUAUAUGAUGCACCAACGUAACUAGCAGCCUGUACUGUACGUACGUACGUACGUAUAUACGCAUCAUAUCGGAGUCUUGCAUGCUAGAGCCUGAGGGUCUAAAAAUGGAGCUCGACAACUGCUGCGGAGAUAGUUCAAGUGAAGAUGGGUUCAUAGACCCUCUCACCAAAAUCGUUCAAAGGUGGGGAUGUCCGUCAGUGUUAAAGAUACUAGAAGGUACGUUCACAUCUUAUUGAGAUUAGAAGUUUAGAACAUGAUCAACAGGUACUUGCUGUAGACUUGUUCCCAUAUCCAUAACACAUGAGCAACAUGUAGACUAGUUCUAUAUGCCUCAGCAAUGGUUAAUGAAUACGCUUCAAUUCAAUUGGUCUAUUAAACUUUGCCUCAAAUUUGCUCUUUUAAUGCAUGUGUUACUAAUCCAAACUAAUAUUUGAUUGAUAUAGGUCUAGAUAUCAAAUUCAAAUUGUACUGUUUCCAUGAAUUUUAGAUCACAAAUGAAUAUUUAAAAAUAUUUUGUUCAAGAUUUUACAAAACCCAAAGGCCAAAACCUGCUACAAUACAUACAUAACACAAUACCCUCCAUUUUCUAUGGAUCAUGGGUUGUAUGGGGUCCAAUCACAGAACUCUUUAAUACGUAUUUAAGAGUUCUGUGGGUCCAAUACAUUGGACCACAUACUUGUAGGUGUGUACCCAGAUAGUAAUACAGUACGUGGGACUGGUGUAAUUUUGAACAAUUAUCUCUGUUAUCUGAAAUUGGUAUUACUAUACUAGAUCUAGUCUAGGUCUAGAUCUAGAUCUAGGCCUACUUAUAUUUAAUAAUCAACACUGAACUGAAUGAUUCAUCAGAAAAUUGAAGUUGUCAAAUAAUGUACAAUUUUAUGAACAUUAUUUUGUGGAAGAUCAUCUUUCAUUUUCCUGUAGAUCUAGAAGUCUAGAUUUCAAAAAGUGAGACAAUUUGUCUUGCCCAUUGCCAUGUUAAGGAUUUUGCCCUUUCAUUUUCUACAGGACUUUGAAAUUCAAACACUCUAAAAAAAUGUUGGGCAAGUGCCCAAUUUUUACCCAACAUGAGGGCACUUAUGUGUCCGACUAACUAUUGGGUAAAUUAAAGAUUUUGCAUGAUUUACCCAGUGUUGGAUGAAAAGAAAAUACCCAACUUUUAACCAACAAAAUUUACCCCAAUAGGAAAUUCACCCAAUUCUCACCAUAAUGUGUAGUAUAUUCGACACUAGUUGGGCAAAUUAUUUCAUCAGUAACAUGGUUGGUAGAAAAUAACCCAAUUAUUGGACAAAAAUGACCAACUUUAAUUUGCCCAAAAAUAUUACCCAAUUAUUUCAUCGGUAACUACAUGGUUGGUAGAAAAUAACCCAAUUGUUGGACAAAAUUUGCCCGACAUCAGUUUUACCAAGUAACACCUACCCAACUUAUUUCUGACCUUUUAUUAGGUAACUUCAUACAGUAAAUGGUUGGGAGAAAUUAUUUGACAAAAACGCGCCAAACUUUGAUUUGCCCAGUAACAUCUGCCUAACUUUGUUUUACAGAGCAUAGACUCUACAUCCUCUUGGUUUUAAAUGGGGCUAUUAAUUAUGUGCUAUUGCGAUAUUCCUUGUCAUAACUAAAAGGCAGUUGACCCACAUUUUAGCCCAUAUUAAUAGCCUAAUUCAAAACCAAGAGGCUGUGGUGGUUUUCGAAAUUGCAGUGACCUCGCUGUAGUACACGAAUGGGCACAAUUUUUAACAUGGGUACAUUUUUUCUCAUUUAAAAAAAUCUUUUUCUGAAAAUAAUUUUUAAAUAUGGAAAAAUUACAGAUGCUUAAGCCACCAAAUUAUGCCCACAAAAUUGUACACUAUUUUACUACAUGUCCAGAUUUCAAUGAAAUCAUUAGAACCGAUGGACGGAUUACCAUCCAAACUUGGGACAUGUACAUGUAUCUUGCAAGUUGCAAAGCCAACGAACUGAUUCGAUUUUGGGAUGGAGGUGCACAUGGAGGAAGGACAUUCGUUAGUACAGGAUUAACUGUCCUAUUUUGCUUCAUAUCAGUGAAAUGUUCCAGCACAUGCAUUUUUUUUAAUGUUUCACACCACUGAACAAUAAGCUGUACAAAAGAAUUAUUAAACACCACAAAUUAUCUUUUCUAGGAUAAACAAUUGUCAGUUGCCUCUAUUCAAGGUAACACACUAUAAUUUAUAUAUGGUUGUAUGGUACUGUAAGUGGCCUGUGAAAGGCUUGAGUGCUAGACUUUUUGAGAAACCCUGGUCAGAUAAAGCUAGGUUAUUUGUCAUACUAAAGCUGAGAAACAUGGCUACUAAUGCAGACAAUAUCAUGGCAGCCGCAAAAGGUUGAACAAAACAAUUACCGGUAUGGCAGUUUAAAGUUGAAGUAAUAGGCAUGACAGUGCACAUGGAGAAGACACAUAUGAUUAUCAAUGAAUUAGUAAUGUUAAUUAACCAAUCAGCAUAUAUUGACCGCUAUGCUAACUCUCAAAUCAUUCUGAUUCAUUUGGUAAGUUGAAUGACUUUCUUUGAAAUCAAAUUCAUUGCUGAUGCAACUAAUCUUUAUACUUUAAAUAGGCCCCUACAUUGUUAAAAAUUAGGCACAAUUUGACUAAACUAAGGUGAUUACUAGUAUGACUUUAGAAAAGGUUUCCAUUCUUAAUUUGAUUGUGUGGAUGUUAGUAACAUCACCUGAAAAUAAAUAGCAAUUAGUUGAUACAAUUCGCUAGUAUGAUCUAAAAGUAAGUUUUCUAUACGAAGACCAAAUUUUCGAGAAAAUCGCAUUUGAAAAUUCAGAUUUUCAUAGACUCUUGUGGAAUAACAAAAAACAUUGAUUAUGCGAUUUAUUCAAAAUGGAAGAUAUUUUAGCUGGAACAUGAGCAAAUGUUUACAGCUUAUCAUUAUCUAAAACAUAUACUUUUGUUUAAUUUGCGCAACCAUACGUGUGUUUGUGGUAUUAUAUGAAAACAAUCAGUUUAUGCUGCACUAAGCCUUAUUUAUCAAUCUCUCCCUCUUCUUCUCCAGAAAAUGAAGUUGAUGUGGAAACCCUUCCCCUUCUAAGUGAAAGUAUAAUCACAUCCUUCAUACCCAAGAUUGGACCUCGAUUGAAGUUUCUCGCUGGGUGGCGUGCAGAGGUAGGCCCUAGAUGUGGCACAAUAUCUCACUAUGGAUAGUUACAGAUGCUUUCAGUGUCUUGAUUUAAUUAGGGGGGAUAUUUCUUGCCUAUUCCAUCAUUUAAAAUACACACAUACAACAACCAGGGGGAAAAAUGUAAGUAUAACAUGCAUGCAAGGGGCAUGUAGACUAACAUUUCGUACAUUAUCGGGAUAUAGAAAACAUCUCAUUUCAAAGCACGCUGCACGGAUAAAGACGUCAAGCACAACUACAAAAGCAGUUCCAGAUCACCAAAGUGAAACCUGUUAUGAAGGAUCUGUUCUAGGAAAGAAUAACAACACUGAAGGGAAUUUGGAACAACUGCACCAGGAAAAGGCAUUGUUUGUUGGAGAAAGCAGUGAGCAGGAAGAUGUCUCUUUUGAAACGCAAACAGAGAGACUACCUGAUAUUGCAGCAAAGUUUGUAGCAGAACUCAGGGCAAGGACUAAUGUGCCUGCUUCACACACCAACAAGGUCAUUCAAACCGCACAAGAUUUGGUUAUUUCUGUGUUACAAACUGUGCAACAGGAUGUGAUGGAUAUCUUAAGUGAGCCACAAUAUGCAGCUAACAGUGAGCUGAGAUCUGAUAUACAAGAUGUAUUCGAGAAUUCAAAGAAUCCAUUUUCAGAGCUCAUGUCAGAUACUCAACAGAAAAAAUAUUUCUCUGAGAAAGGUGAUUUCAUUCAGCCUUGUGAGGUGUUGUUGGGAACUUGCUUAAAACCAAAAAUUGAUCAAAAGACAGGUGAUCCACUGCAAAGCACACAAAAAGAAACCUUUCAAUAUAUACCACUAGCUGACACUAUUAAACAAUACUUAGAGCGACCAGGAGUAAUGAACGCCAUACUGUCUCAAAAAGGAUCAAAAGAUAAUGAUGUUUUGUAUUCAUUCAAAGAUGGUCACUAUUAUAAAAGGCAGGAAGCUACUGCUAGACAAGACUGUGAAUUCUUAGUGCCUCUGUUGUUGUACAAUGAUGAGUUUGAGACAGCCAAUCCGCUUGGGUCAAAACGCGGCAAACACAAGGUAAGUGCCUUUUAUACAAGUGUGUUAUCCCUUCCCAGGAAAUACCAGGCUAGGCUAGAAAAUAUCAUGCUCACAGCUAUGAUCACAUCUCCGCUUUUGAGUAAAUAUGGCAUCUCAGAAGUUUUGAAGGUAAUCAAGGAUGAUCUGCAGCAGAUGUGGACUGAUGGACUCACUAUCAAGUGCAAAGAGUUUGAGGGUAGGGUCAAACCCUACUUAUUCCAAGUUGUAGGGGACAAUCUUGGCAUUCAUGCCAUGCUGGGAUGUACAACCUGUUUCCGUGCCAACUAUUACUGUAGAUUCUGUAGAGGCCAUCGCUCGUUGCUUCAGAAACAGCCAAAAGAGGAUGCCCAAUAUCUCCGUGAUGAAAUAAACUAUGAUACAGAUCUUCAAAAGCCCUUGUCAGAAUCUGGCUUGAAGCAUGCAACAGUUUUGAAUGAAUUGCCUUACUACCAUUCCACCCAAAACUUAUGUCCAGAUGUAAUGCAUGAUUUUACAGAGGGAGUCUUGCCCCUGGAAAUGCACCUUGUUUUGAGUAAACUUGUUCAGAAGGGUUUCAUAACACUGGAUGAGGUGAACAGUAGAAUAUCCUCAUUCAAUUUUGGCUUUGUGGACCGCAAAAACAGACCAAGCCCAAUCAGGCAGGCAUCACUGAAGAAUCCAUAUUCUGCCAGUGGACAGACAUCAGCACAGAUGACGUGCCUUGCAUACAACAUCCCUCUCAUGUUAGGAGACAAGAUUGAUGAGAUGUGUGAUGAGUGGGAACUCUUACUGUCAAUCAUUGACAUCUUCAAAAUCAUUAUGAGUCCCAGUAUCAGUAAGUCUGCCAUCUAUGUCCUGAAGGCAAUGAUUGAUGAUCACCACAGGCUCUUCAUGCAGCUCUUCCCUGAAGCUAGUCUAACUCCGAAGCAGCACUUUCUUGUGCAUUACCCACGUGCACUGAAACACCUUGGGCCACUGACCCAGUAUUCAGCAUUGCGUUUUGAAGCAAUGCACAGACCUUUCAAGCAGAUUGCCAGUGUAUCUUGCAACUACCAAAACAUUGUCAAAACAUUGGCUAACAGAUACCAAAUGGCACGGUGCUACAGGUCAGUAUCAAAUCAGUCACUGGAUAGCCAAGAUAUCAAUGUGUCACAGCAAGCUGCAGCAAUGCUUGGUGAUCUACUUGAUGAUGAGGCACUUUGCAAAAAAAUUAACUGUGGAAGGGGAACCGAAGUUACAGUUGCUGGGAAAGUGGACAUUCAUGGAUAUGAGUUCCGGGCAGGUGUUGAUGUACUUCUAUAUUGGACUGAUGAUGAUGGACCCACGUUUGGACGUGUUCAGCAUAUUGUAGUGGUGCAAGAAAAGUUGUAUCUGCUCCUUCGGCUGUAUCAGACCUUGUACUUCAACAGACAUGUUGAAGCAUUUGCAGUACAGGUGGGCAGAGAGGAAUCACAAGCUGCUGUUGAAUGGUGUGACCUGUUUGAUCACAGGCCAGUCAAUGCUGUCCAGUCCUAUAGUGGAAGAGGGCGCUGCUUGUAUAUUGUGGUGCACCAUUCAUUCAUCUAGGAACAAGAAGUAUCAUGCUGCAAAUCAACAAAGCAUGGAACAAGCAUCAACGUCGACAAGAAGCCCAUCAGUGUUCUCCUUAGAUGACUGCUCAGAUCUCUCUUGUGUAACAGGAAGUGAGUGGAGUCCCAGACAAAGCCCUUCCCAGCCCAGUUUGGAUACGCCACUUUACGACUCCCCAGAAUCCAAGAGUCCUGAUCAACAUCCUCCCCUGAAACGGGUCAAGAAAGUGCAUUUCAACAUUGCUUGUAUAUUGAGAGAGACCACCAUGGGAAGAGCAGCAUUAAGGAACAUCAAUGCUACAAAUCUCUGCAGCAAAAGGGACCGGCAUACUGUUGUGGAUAUGUUGACUCAGUACCUGAUACGGGAGUAUGGUACCAAGCCAAGCUCAUUUGUGAAGGCAUCAAUGGCCCAUGCCAUUGUGACAAGCUUUCCUUUCUUAAAAGAUCCAGAAUCUCCACUUGGCUAUGAGGCCUGGUACUGCGUGGGGGCCAAGGGACGGCCAGCAACAGGCUACCUGGAGGAGCAUCUGAGGUAUGUCAGAAAAAAGGAGAAGUCCCUGAGGGUACCAGUAGCUGAAGACGAGGCAGAGUCUCAAAAGCAAGGAGAUACCGAUCUUGAGUCUGUGAACGAUGAUAACAUCACGACAAUGGAAGAAUGGCUGCGUAACAACAAGGAGCCAGAGGACAUGGUGAAGGACUACAUGAAACAAACAGCAACAAAAAGACAUGACUGGAUCAAGAGAAGUGACUGUUGUGUGAAGAACAUUCUUACCACAUAUCCCAGACUUCUCGAUGCUGGAAUGAUUGAAGGAGAUUUUGCAGAAUUGUUCCCAGAGAAAGCAAACGCACUGUACCAGAAGUGGCCCACAUUCUGUAACAAAGUAGUGGACUUCACCGAGAAAACUGGCAACUGGAGAAGUGCAAGAGCCGAAUUCGAAAACAUUCAUGACCCUGGGAAACUCAGUCUUGAGGAAAAGAGCAAUCUUGGAUUCUACAUGCUCCCAGUCUUGUUCCGAGGAAGGAAAGAUUCCAAGAGAGGAACGUACACCACUGCAGAAACAUUGUCGUCCUUCAUUGACGUUCAACCAGAGGUUCUCGACAUCCAGACUUAUGUUGAUAACAUUGAUGAAGCAGUCAGGUCACAGCCAUUUGUUGUUGUGCGUGGGAACAUUCUCACACCAAUACAGGCGUACGUCGUAGUAGAGAGGAGGAUACUUCCUGCCGCAACACUGCUUAAAGCAGUCGACUUGUGCUUUAAGGCACUUUAUGUGAUGGAUAUCGAAUAUCAGCCGCAAAGCUGUUCUGUUUGGAAAUUUCUCCAGAUUGUGGUGUUCCAGUUUACCGAUGGGGAGCAUCUUACACCAAAGCUGCGGGAGGUCCGAGCCUUCAUGAACAUGCCAUAAGCCAUCAUGAUGUGUUCACGCCAAGAUUGAUUACUGGUGAUAUAUUUCCUACAGAUGAAACUGACACAUCAUCGUUUAGCACAUUUUGGCUACUUGAACCAGUUUAUUUUGGGAGAAAAAAAACUGGAAAAAAGUAUUAUUUUGGACAAAAUAACCUUAAAGACAAACUGUUAUGAGUUGGAUUCAGCACAUUAUUUUACAUAAUUUAGACAUGUUUGUGUAAGACUGAAGAUUUGAGGGUGGGGUGAGGAUCGCUGAAUAAUAUUAAAAAAAAGAGUGAAUUUAUACACAGCAGAAGUCUUUGUGUACAUUUUAAAAAUGAUAAAGGCCUAAUUGUUUUAUCCCAAUCAUUGCUUAACAUCCCCACCUUGAAAGUUUAAGAAAACAAAUGAAUAUAUGCCAAGUAUAAAUACAAAACAUAUUAUUGGCUAUAAAUCUUUUGCACUGGCGUAUACAAAUGCUUAUCGUGUUUGGUCUUAAUCCCAAGAGUACUGUUUCAUAACUCGUACAUCAAAAUGAUAUAUUUCUUCAUAAAACAUGAGCUAUGAUAUUUUCUGCGUUUAAAAAAGCAAGUGGGGUAUAUGAUUGUAAAUUACAUAUACCAUUAAUUUUCAUGUAAUGUGUAUCGUCCAUUGACCCUACGCUGAACUCUCUGCUGAAUGGACUGCAUGCAUUAAUUUACAUCGCGCAAAGCAGAAGUAGAGAAGUCAACAUUUUUAUCUACAUUUUGCAAAAUUGUAUUGAUAUUAUUGAUAAUAUCAAUAAAAUCAAUCAAACUGAGUAUAGCAGGUAGGGUCAAUUGAUUUUUGUUGUCUUUAAUCUAAUCAAAAAGUUAUAGUAGGCAGUGUGUAUCCUUGUUAUUUGAUCAGUACCUGUUCACCAUCACAGAUAGCCAAACUUUCAUGUGGUACUUCUGCACAUGUCAAAUAAUCUAGAGGGAUUUGAAUUUAUUUCCUCUUUUUUUUUUACUUCAAAAAAAUGUGUUCAUGUGUAACACUCUAAGGCAGAGUAUUGGUGUGUCAGGAUAAAUGAACACUAUGCCACACCCACAAAAUAUAUAUGAUGCACAUAUUCAUGUAUGAAAUCAGAGUACAUGGAAUACAUACAGUGUACAUCAAAGUUGUCAUGCUGCACCAAACAGGGGCUAUAUUUGCAUUUACUUUUUUUAAAAGGUUGUAUUUUUUUCACCAAAAAUUGUAAUGUUGUAGUUGAUGUUAACAAGUUUUGUUUUUACGUUUCUGAUGAAAACAACAACAUGUGUUUACUGUGUAUGUUAUUUGUGUUUCAGUUAAGCAAUUAUUACCCUUUAGAUGAGAAAAAGAGUUGAGCCAAUAGAUGUUAUGGAAAAAAUGUUGAGCAAUGAUUAUCCAACAGACGAAUUAAAGAGUUGGGCAAAUGGA